UGGGCGAACUGUAGCCAAGCUUGUUAAGCAUGACUUAGAUGUGGUUCGUAGGGUUCGCCCGCAAAUCGUUCUCCUCGAGAUCGGUACGAACGAUCUUGCACUUAAUAUACGUCCAGAAAGUGUUGGCUCGGCUAUUGAGGAGCUAGUUAACACAUUAUUAACGCAAUUCGAAGUGUCUGUAGUGUGUGUGUGCCACGUAAUUCCUCGCGGUGAGUUUAACGUGGGUGCAUUGGAAUUUGCCCGGAAUGCAAGAAUGCUUUGCCAAUAUUUGGAGGUAGUUUUGGAGCAAAUCGAGCGUGUUUUCUGUUGGCGCCAUACCGUUUUUACUGCGCCUAGCAAGGAUCUGUACGUGGACGGCGUGCAUCCUAAUGCCAGGGGUCAAGCUGCGCUGUACCGUAGCUAUCGUGGCGCCAUAUUACAAGCUUUGAAGCAUUUGUAACUGUACUACGUCAUAUAUUUUUAAAUUCGUGAUAAGCAUUUGCAUUGUGUAUAGUGAAAUAUGUAUUGGGUGUUGAGGGCACUCGAGGAGUGAUCCAUUACAACAGCUAUAUUGAUCAUAUGUCAUAUACUCAUGUUCCAUUUGUGAAGCUAAAAGCCGUAUAUGCGUUGGUCUUUUGACUGCAUUGGCUUGCUUUUUAAUCUGAGGAGUGUGUACCAUAGUGUCCCUCAGUUUGUGUUGUAAGGAGCUUGCCGCUUAUCGAUCGUCGACCUUUGUUGUCUGACAAGGCUUGCUUCCUUACUCUUUUGAUUUCAGGUUUAUCGUCAAUUUUAUAUUUUUGUGUUUUCUUUUUAAUCAUUUCCUGCCGUGCAUGUUAGUUUCAUUCCAGAUUUACGAUGCAACCCGAACGACGUUCUUCACGUGUGCAAUCCCGUAAUAAACGCUCUGGUUCGUCGAGCGCCGCUGAUAGACCUCCUGCCAAACGUGGCAGACCCUUAUCUAACAAUGCCAACCGCAGACAGAACGUCGCGCCACCAAAAACCAAACAGUCUGGCACGUCACGCAAUGAAGCCGACCCCAGAGAUGUGCCUGGUCUGAAUGCUGACGUGUUGGCCCAGGUUACGAAGUUGGUUACAGAGCAAGUURYACGCGAAGUGACAAAAGCCCUGAAUGCGCCUGAGUUGCASCAGCCCUCUGUUGAUCUAACCGAGAAGCCGGUGASUGACCUAACAGUGACUGACCCGCCCGCUCCUUUAUCAGCUAACACAGCGUCUUCAGGUGAGCUGAGCAACCCGUUUGUUUCGAGCAGUCUCCCGAUCGAUUGUCGUGUGAGCGACAAACUCAAAAACAAAAUUUGGAACCAUGAAUAUGUGGAUUUUGGGGCCCUUCUAGUCAACCCAACCGCGCCACCCAGGUACCGGGUUUCGCUGGAUAGCAGUGAGGCCCAGUUGACGCUCGAGCCGGCCGACAAAGUCAGAAAGAUUACCACCAUAGACUCGUGGCUUACAGCUUUUCACAUUUUCGUGGGGGUCUAUACCUCCCAGCAUAGUAGCGAGGCGCCUAAUCUCAUGAAAUACGGCUCUCUAAUUCGCGAUUUAGCGGCCAGAGGCCAAAAUUGGCGUUUUUACGAUGAAAAUUUUCGUUUCAUGCGCCAGUCGCAUGUCCAUUCACUCCCUUGGGGCUCGAUCCAUAGUGAGUUGUGGUUGCGUUCGCAUGUGCAAGGCACACAGUCGAAGUUUCAAACUCAAUUCCCACCUCGGAAGAGCGAGCGUCCAUUUUCGAUUCCUACGGGUUAUUGUGUGAAGUUCCACCGCGGCAUUCCCUGUUCGGGUUGUAGGUACAAGCACUUAUGCUUCAAGUGCUCCGGUGAUCACCCGUUUUCGAAUUGUACUUUUCGUGCCACAAGCACAGGAUCGGCCACAAAACACAAUGGAUCUAGUCCCAAUAGCUCCCUGUCCGCUAAAUCAUCCAAGACUGCCAACACCAAUUAGAGCUGAUAGACUCGUUCCCCUGUUGGCUGGCUAUGAUCCCUCGAUAGUUAAAUUUUUGGAGCUAGG